GGCAGCUUUUGGCUUGGACGGUGGUGCUGCUGGUGUCAGACCCGAGAGGAAAAUCUCGCCGAUGGCGGCUGCAUGUAGUCGGUUGAGCUACGGCGCAACGCGUAUUUCGUUGCUUUUUAACACAGCGUAUCUCAGUUUUUUGUCGAUUUAAAUAAACUAAAAAAAUAAUCACCUCGAGGGUUGUAAUAACGGAUAUUUUAAAAGUUUAUUCAUCUCUGAAAAGCUGUCGAGUGAGAUGAGAGCCCGAGUCCUGUGAGAGUUUGUGAUUUUGAAUUAAGUAAAACGGGCUGAGGAAAAAAAUCAGUGUUCACUAUAGGUGUCGAUGUGUGAAAAAAAAUCUACUCCGUUUGUGGAAAAAGAGAGCGGAAGUGCGGGUGUAAGAUUAUUUCGGCAUAGUCAUCUAAGACUUGUUAGCUGUCUAGUUGACUGCAAUUUAUCAUUUUUAAAUUUAAUAAACCCGAUUCAAAAGUAUCAGAAGCCGCUGGUCAUCCAGCUCAACUCACUUAUCCGCUACAAUGCCUCGGUGUGAUUAUAAAUCCAUUAGUUUAAAAGUAAAGUAGAAUAAAUAAUAAUAAUAAGUAAUAGUAGUGCCCAAGUGCCUUUGGAUUUAAAUGGUGCAUGACUCGACGGCGAUUGAUUACUGGCAGGCUGAAUAAAACUAGUGAUUGGUGAAGAACCGUCCGACAAUUCAGUCUAUUCAGUAACACAAAUGGUUGUAAGCAAAAGGGCUUCCCACCUGUAACCGCUCGAUAGAGCCGUCGGGUAAUGCUGCUCUGCGAAGAGCAAAUCCCUUUGGAUAUUGACGAAGCCCCAAAAGCAUCAGUAGAACCAGGCUGGGGCCUAAUCCCUCAGCUUCUACUACUGAAACCGACGGCACCGGCGUAAGCCUUGCCAUCCAAAUGGGCUCUAAUGAUUAACUGUUUAUGUGAAUAUGCAUCCAUUUGUAACGCGUGACAAAACACAUUUGUAUUAUUGUCAUUAUCAUCACCAUCAUUUACGUUACCAUUAUUAUUAUUUACUGUUGUUAUUCGUAAAUUUUAAGUGAUUGAACGGGAUUGUAAUGGAUAAUUAAUAUGCAUCACGAGAUUAAACCGACAGACGAUAAUGAUUAAUUUACAGCUGUGUCUACGGAAGUCGGGGUGCGUUAGAAACCCAAGACACCUAGACGAAGCCCUUGUUAUUCCUCUUCUCUCGCUCUGGAUUAUUGGCUCGUUUUGUGUUAAAGACAUACCCAUAUCCCAUGUGGUGGCGAUCGUCGGCGACCCGACGUACCUUCCUUGCGACAUAUCGACAAACCAUGACGGGGACUCGGUCCACCUGGUGCUGUGGUACCGCGAGGACUUGGGCGCUUCUGUGUACAGCAUCGACGCACGUGACAGAGACUUUGACAUCGCGGAGCGGUGGUCAGACGACGCGGUCUUCAGCAACCGGGCGUACUUCCGCCCGGACAAGAAGCCCGCAGAGCUGGGGGUCGACAGAAUCCGCGAGGAAGACGCCGGGAUCUAUCGCUGCCGCGUCGACUUCCGCAUCGGGCAGACUCGUAAUUCCAAAGUCAACCUCACUGUUAUAGUUCCACCUAAAAAAAUAGCGAUUAUUGACGAGAACGGCAUCACGAGGGACAAACAAGUCGGGCCGUAUCUCGAGGGUGACGACCUAGAAUUACACUGUGAUGUUUAUGGCGGUAAGCCUCCGCCAUCGGUAACCUGGUACCGUGGCCAUAAAUUGAUCAGCAAUAAAGCAGAGAUCGUGAGGGAGGGUGUGCUCCGUAGCACGAUUCUAAUAAAAAAUUUAGGACGACGAGACGUGCAGUCCGAGCUGACAUGUAGUGCAAACAAUAACAACAGAUCUAUACCCUUAUCAUCAGCCGUCCGGAUCGACAUGACCUUUGGUCCUCUGGAUGUUAAAAUAAUCGGGGCGAACCAGCCGCUGUCCGCCAACAAGAGAUACGACCUGGUGUGUGCCACAUCGGGUUCACGACCCCCGGCGCUGGUUACUUGGUGGCGUGAUGGCCAGCGCUUAAAUGACUCGAACGAGACGACGUCAAACGACGGCAACGUGACAACCAGUGUGCUGUCAUUUGUACCUAGCAAAAGUGAUGCUGGCAGACACUUAUCGUGCCGAGCGGAAAAUCCGAUAAUGGGAAUGGGCCCGAUUGAGGACGAGUGGGUAUUAGAAAUACAGUACAGACCGGAGACACGAAUCCAAUUGGGUACAUCGCUGAAUAGAAAUGCCAUACGCGAAGGCACUGAUGUAUAUUUCGACUGCUUGAUAAAUGCUAAACCGGGCGUUUAUAAGGUCGAGUGGCGUCAUGACAACCGUACACUUCAGCACAACACAACUCAGGGUAUAAUUAUAAGCAACCAGAGCCUAGUUUUACAGGGUGUAGAGAGAAGGAGUGCCGGUAAUUAUACUUGUGUCGGUUACAAUACCGAGGGCGACGGCGAAAGUACACCCUUCCACCUGAAUGUCAUGUUUGCACCGACUUGUAAACCAAAUCAGACCAAAAUUCACGGGGUCGCUAAACAAGAGAAAGCUAAUAUCUCCUGCCAGGUUGACGCAAAUCCUCCGGUUGUUGAAUUUCGUUGGACAUUCAACAACUCAGCGGAAAGUAUCGAUGUCGCCGCUGGCCACAUUGUCAAGUCGGGUACGUCUUCAGUUGUUUCGUACACGCCCAUGACUGAAUUGGAUUACGGAACGCUGCUCUGCUGGGCGAACAACAUUAUCGGGAACCAGCUGAUACCCUGUGUGUACCACAUUAUACCCGCGGGACACCCAGACAUGGUUCACAACUGCACGACCCACAAUGCGUCCACCAGUUCCUUUUCCGUGAGAUGCACCGAGGGUUUCAACGGCGGUCUCCAGCAGUCGUUUCUUCUCGAAGUUCGCGAGAGCAACACCCAAGAGAUACGGGCUAAUUUAACGUCUGCGACGCCGCAAUUUAGCGUCACGCAUCUCGAUCCCGGGCUCCUUUACCAUGCAUGUAUUUACGCUUUUAAUGAAAAGGGCAGGAGCGAACCGAUGGUUGUUCAAGCGGGUACUUUGAGACUACCCGAGAAACAAUUGACUUCUGAAACUGCUGGUAAAUCAAGAGAAAGACCACGUCAUCACGUUAAAUUGACUCCAAUGCUGAGUGUGAUGAUCGGUGUGGUAGCGGCUCUAGUAAUAGUCGCAGUAAUUGUAAUGAUCGUACUAAGAAUACAAAAUGGAAAUCCCGACGACCAGGGGAAAGCACAUCUUGAGGAUCUUGACAAGAAUACAAAAGUAAUACCAAUUCAACGAGAACUGAGAUUCCGUGAGGGAUGUAAUUUACUUGUCGACGAAAAACAUACCACCGGCACGUUUGGAAAAUCGCUUGAGGCUAACGCCGGCGAAUUGAGCGAGAGCGACGAUAAGAAUCCUGAUAUAAUCCCCCAACAAGUUGCUAACGCCGCAGAAGAGCCAUCGGAUUACGUGAGGAAAAGGCGUCUUCAGGCAGUAUCAACUAUAGACACCUCUCCCUCUCGGAGUCUUCUCGAGCAGCCGUCUAUGCAGCCACAAGCACUCGCCGGCCAUGGGAAUUAUGUCGGUUAUUGUACCAUACGAAGUGGUAUGCCAUUACGUGAGCUAUCCGCCUUAACAUCGGGUAAACACAAGGGCUUUCAGCCGAUGAUGAAUAACCAAGUGUAUGAAACUGGUAUGUGCACAUUACCAAGACAGCACUGGCCAAGUCCUGGUAUAGCGCACCACCAGUCAAUAACAAUGACAAUGAAUCCGCCCGUACUUUAUUCCGGUCUCGGUAUGCUGAGGACCUGCCCCAGUGCAACAAUUCUCGCAAAAGACAACGAGACCCAGUCAUCGCGCGUCGUACUGCCACAGCAGAGAUGUGUGCAAACCUCAUCCUCGACAGCCUCCUCCAAGGACACCAGCACGAUGCCAAUGGCCCAGGGUCCCGUGACCAAGAGGGAAAGCUCCGUGUGACCUACUACCCGCAAUAUUAUCAUCAAAAUCUUUCGCUCGUCAGCCUUAUCUUACUUUUUUUAUCGCUACCAUACAUUUUAAACACAUGACAUCGCGCGUUUAAGCCCUGUAUGAAACUGCGACGAUCGAUUUACUUCCCAACACUAAGAGGUACAGCACACAUCCAUUCGCACUACACACACAGACUUACUCUAAUAACAACAACAAUAAUAACAAUAACAAUAACAAUACUAAUAACACCAACAUCAACUGAAAUUUUUAAAAAAAUCCCAGCAACCAACAAACAAUUAUUUUGCCUCUCUACGUUCGAUCAAGUGCCCUUUUUACAUAUUUACAAAGGACUUAAUCAACUACUUUCGUCAGUACACUUGUCGUGUCAUUUUUUAAUUAUAAAUAAAUAAAUAAAAAUAAUAACAAUAAUAAUAAUAACAAAGACGAGAUAAAUUUCAAAUGAGACUAAAAGACGAAAAUUGUAUGAAGAACAUUAUUAUUAUUAAUAAUGAAUGGAUGAAUGAGUGGAUGAAUUCGCGCUCUUGUAAAUAUUGAAACUUUAAAUAUUUAAAUAUUUUAUACACAUUUCUAGCACCUCAUUAAUUGAAUCAUAAAUCAUAUUUGUCCGGUAUUAUGACAUUAAACAUAACAUUUGAUUGGUUUUAAAUCGGGUGACAAGUGAAAUUUAUCUGACAUAUAAAUAUAUAGAUAUAUAAAUAUAUAUGGUACUGUGUAUGUUGUAAUAACAUCUGAGACUAGUUAUAAUUACAAUAAUAAUAAAUAUAAAUAUAUAUAUAUAUAUACAUACAUACAUUCAUACAUACAUAAAAAAAUUGAUUGCAUACCAGAAUGUAGCAGACGCGCGCGUUUUAAAAAUUCAAAAGAAUUUAAACGGAGUUAAGUUAUUUAUUUAAAUAAUAAAUUCUCAACGAGACAUAUCGUUCAGUUUUCCAUCACGGAAACCGAGUUUGUAUACAAAGAAAAUUAAAUAGAUAAUAAACUAAGUGUUAUUGUGUAAUGCUGAACAUCCAGUUGAUUAUUACGUCGGUCUGCUUAAUUCCGGUAAAUAUUGUUGCCGUUUAUAAAUGUGCAACAAUCUGUAAAAUGUGUAUUAUAAAGAAUAAACAUAAAAAAAACAAUAAAAAAAAGUUAUUCCUCUUCGCAGUCUGUCGAAUAAUAAUAAUAAAUUAAAAUAAAAUAUUAAGUGUUCGAAUGAAGUCAAAAUCAUUUGAAUUAUUUAAAUAAUAAAUUAUAUUAAUACGUGGAUUACAUAAACUUUAAGACCAAUUUAUUCAUUAAAUCCUUGCAUAACUUUCCCUUUGACUUGACGACUAUGCUGGAAUUAAGUUGGGCCAUUAGAAAAUUGCCUCGUUUCAACCAACUUUUCAUAACACGAAGCCAAAAAAUUUCAGCUGCCAUUAAUGGAAUUGAUACGACGAAUUGAUUAACAUUCCAUUUAAAUAACUUGUUUAUUCAAAUUAAUUAUUGAAUUUUAUUAAUUUACAAAUUUGAAUAGUGGCUAUGAUUAACGGGCGCUUUGUUUUUAUUUAUUCCCAGGAAAACACGCACGUAAAUUUAAUAACAUUUUUAAAAUUCAAUUGGUGCUAUAAUUUAUCCAGUUUAAAUUAUCGUUAAAUUGAAAUGUUUUAAUGCUUUAUUACUCACUGU